GACAACGGUGUGUAAUGGCUAUAUGAGCAGGUCUUAAGGAAAUGUGGGAGGAGCCCAGUGCAGAUAAAGAGUAUUAGUCAAGGCCAUUAGGACUCAGUGGAUUAUAGUAAUCCAGUGGAUUGACCAUCGGGAUUUUGCAGCACUCGAAUGCAAGGCGAGAUGGAAUACAGUGCUGUGAAAGUUUUCUUCCUCACCCUAUUGCUGAUCAAUAAAGGUCCUAUAAGAGCUCAGUCCCAGCAGCCGAUCGAAGACAAUGAAAGCUGGACGACGAAUGCUUGCAAAUGCAACUGUGAUGCAGACGAGUCCACCACCGAGAAGACUUCCAUCUUAUCUGCCCCAGGCUGGGUCCAAGAAAUGCACUGUAUGCCAGAAUGCCCAUAUCACAGACCCCUGGGCUUUGAGGCAGGAUCGAUUACUUCUGACCAAAUCAGCUGCUCUAAUCAAGAUCAGUACACGGGUUGGUUCUCCUCAUGGACUCCCAGCAAGGCCAGGCUAAACAACCAGGGGUUUGGAUGUGCCUGGUUGUCGAAGUACCAGGACACCAACCAGUGGCUGCAGAUUGACCUCAAGGAGGUGAAAGUGGUGUCUGGGAUCAUUACACAAGGACGCUGCGAUGCGGAAGAGUGGAUCACCAAGUACAGCGUGCAGUACCGUAUCAGUGAGAACCUCAACUGGAUCUACUACAAAGAUCAGACAGGGAACAACAGGGUGUUUUACGGUAAUUCUGAUCGGUCCUCUUCGGUCCAGAACCUGCUGCGUCCUCCCAUUGUGACACGCUACCUCCGAAUCAUCCCUCUGGGCUGGCACACACGCAUCGCUAUCCGCAUGGAGCUUCUACUGUGCAUGAAGAAGUGCACCUAAUGGAACACAUUGCCCCAGUUUACUUUCCAGAUGUGGCAGUCUGACCCUAUUUCUUUACGUCAAUAGAUGUGUGUUUAACUUACAGCAUCAUCAUCUUUCUUAGAGACAUACUACAUUCUAUAUUACUUUGUGUAUUAUUAUUGUUCGAGUAAGUUCCUAAGUAUCUAAUAAGAAAGGGUGGAGGGGGAUUUGUGGUAUUGUCUCUAUAUCUGUAUAUGUUUAAAUGUGUAAUUUAUCCUCUUGUUUGUAAUAUAGAGAAAGACUGCCAACCCACAGGAGGUCAAAUAUCUUGUAAGAAAAAGAAAUACAUUAAUUAUACUCCUGUUUACUUUAGAUAGCACUAAGAAAAAACAUCAAACCAACAAUUAGGUUAGUAAUAUUAUUAAUGUUAUUUAUUCAUGAUUUUCACUGAAGUCUGAAGAGAUGUGGAAACAGUAAAUAUGUUUACUGUAUAUAUAUUUUGUUAGGUGUGAUUAAUGGUGUAUUGGGCGGUGUGAAGUAUUAGCUUGGAUUAUUAGCAACUUUCCAUCUAAUUCCCAAAAGCAUGUGGAGGUAGGCUGCAAUUGAGUCCUAAUAUAUUUACCAUUUCAUGUUAACUGACUAUAUUUUACUAAUUAAUUUUUCGGUUGGUGGCUUAGUGGUUAGCAUGUUUGCCUCACACCUCCAGGGUUGGGGGUUCGAUUCCCACCUCCGCCUUGUGUGUGGAGUUUGCAUGAUCUCCCCGUGCCUUGGGGGUUUCCUCCG